AUGAGUUUGACACUAAAAUUGCUGAUUCUGUUUCUAUUUGUCUUGAGAUCACAUCAUGUUGAAUCCAGCUCUGUCGUCAAGUUUCUACCUGGUUUUGAAGGCCCUCUUCCUUUCGAACUCGAAACCGGAUAUAUUGGUCUUGGUGAGGAAGAGGAAGUGCAAUUGUUCUACUAUUUCAUCAAAUCUGAGAGGAAUCCACAAGAAGACCCUCUUCUUAUUUGGUUAACUGGAGGACCAGGAUGCUCUUCUCUCGUUGGCCUUCUUUUUGAAAACGGACCUGUGGCUCUGAAGGUCAAGGUUUACAAUGGAACUGUUCCUUCUUUGGUCUCUACUACAUAUUCAUGGACAAAGAUGGCGAACAUAAUAUUCUUGGAUCAGCCUGUUGGAGCUGGCUUCUCAUACUCAACAACGCCACUUGAUAAAACCAGUGAUACAAAUGAAGUUAAGAAUAUCCAUGAGUUUCUUCAAAAGUGGCUAAGCAAGCAUCCACAGUUUUACUCCAACCCUUUAUACGUCGUCGGAGAUUCUUAUGCCGGUAUGAUUGUUCCAGCCCUUGUUCAAGAAAUCUCAAAAGGAAAUUAUAUAUGUUGCAAGCCUCUUAUAAAUCUGCAGGGUUAUGUGCUCGGAAAUCCAAUAACAAAUGCUGAAUUUGAAAAAAACUAUCGUAUUCCAUAUGCUCAUGGCAUGUCAUUAAUAUCUGAUGAACUCUACCAGUCAAUGAAGAAAAUGUGCAAAGGAAAUUAUGAAAAUGUGGAUCCACGUAACACAAAAUGUUUGAAACUUGUUCAAGAAUACCAUAAGUGCACUGACAAGAUAAAUUCACAACAUAUAUUAAUACCAGAUUGCGAUGACAAAAUAAAUUCACAGCAUACAUCUCCUGAUUGCUAUUAUUAUCUGUAUUAUAUCAUUGAAUGUUGGGCCAACAACGAGAGAGUUCGUGAAGCUCUUCAUGUUAGAAAGGGGACUAAAGGACAUUGGCAGCGAUGUAACUGGACUAUUCCAUACAAUCACGACAUUAUAAGCAGCGUACCAUAUCAUAGGACUAACAGCAUCAGCGGAUAUCGAUCUCUUGUUUACAGUGGUGAUCAUGACAUCACGAUGCCUUUCCAAGCAACUCAAGCCUGGAUUAAAUCUCUAAAUUACCCCAUUGUUGAUGACUGGAGACCUUGGAUGAUAAAAGAUCAAAUCGCUGGGUACACGAGAACUUAUUCCAAUAAGAUGACAUUUGCUACUGUCAAAGGAGGUGGACACACGGCAGAGUAUAAACCAAACGAGACUUUUAUCAUGUUCCAAAGGUGGAUCAGUGGCCAGCCUUUGUAAUAGAGGCUCAUGGCCUUUACUUGCAAUAAUAUUCACGCUAGGCGCAUAUUCUUUUUCUUUUCAAAUGUUAAAUGUUAUUGUUAUUUGUCAUGUUACAUUUUAGUGUUAUUCAAGUAAUUUUUACAUCUUUGUUUGAUUUUAUGUAGUCCAGAUCAUUACUGUAGGUCAUAGCCUAUUUCAAUGGUAUAUACGUAUUUUUUUGUCAUCAGUCCAUGUAAAAACAUUUAUAAUUUUUUUUGUUGUCAUCA